AUGUCCGAGAAGUCAGACCAUUCCGAGCUCGGUUCUCCAGUCUGGGGGGCAACAAUUGAGCCAGUCUGGCUUGGAGAACGUUCCCGUCAGCCGCGUGAAAAGAUAGACGACGCCGUAUGGGGGUCGCAAGAGCUGAAUGAGUUGCUAAAACGUGACAGUCAUGUUUCUGUCCCCCUCGACGAAAACCUGAAGCAUCCGGACGAACUUGAGGUUAUUCACAAAUAUUACUUGACAGGGAUGGGAUAUGGCCCUGGCACGAUGUUUCCGUCACCUCUCAAUCACCGACCUCUUAAUGGCACACACUCCUUAGGCAAUAUUUGUGACGAGGCCAAGUGUGUCAGCGAGGAAAUCUUUCGCGAGUGGAAGAUCCUCCGGGGCAGAAUACAUGACAAGGAACAUAAUGCGGUUCUCACCAACGCUUUGGCGCACUUGUUCGAACACAGCCCCCUGGGUGCCCGGCACCUGUUCUUUGACAAGUGCUGGAAGAAAACACAGCAGUACUUUCUAAAGUGCGAUCCGGAGAGCACAACGCCACUCCCCCUUGCUCGCCUCGCCAGGCAGGAUGUGGCAAACAUGAUUGCCGAGGCCAAGGGUGUUGCAAUUGUUGGAGGGUACCCGUACACUGAGGCAGGAAUAGAACUAUGUGCCGCUAUCAGAGGCAUGCGGUUCAAGAUGCGGGAAACCAACACCAUUGAGUCCCUGCGCUAUCUGAACAGCAUGCGCCUGGUCUACGAAUUGUUCUUUGACUUACUGGCCCCCUUGCUCUGCCAGAAGAACCUGAACGAUCCGGGCAUGCUGGCAGCUUUCCUUGUGUCUCGUGCUGACGACCACCCGGCAGCCUUUGCGAGGGCAGACUUUCGACAAAUGUACGUCGGUCUCGCCAAUCGAUGGUUUUCGCCUUUUGCAUGCUUUCUAGGGACAGAAAUGAGUCUCGAUGAGCCUGACUUGACCACCAAUUCCUCUGGCGCCGAGAAAGAAGAUUGGAAAUUAGAGGCUACGCAGCUUAAAGAACACACUGAAACCUAUGGAAGGCUAUUCGACUUCUCUGCGCAAUACUGGAGAUCUAAUGGUCAUGCGGAGUGGGCACCCAUUGGAGCAAAGUACACAAGGCUGAAAAUGACUCCUGUCACUGGUGGAAACGACACAAAACGUCAAGAGUUCCUAGAGACUGCGGGUGAGGUUGAAAGACGACUCACAAAAAAGCUUUGCAAUGCUCGGUCGAGAGAAGCCGCGUCGAAGAUCGAGAGUGACAAAGCCGGGCGCACAUACUCCUUUCUCGAUGGCUUUGCGCAAUCGCCAGGCCAACUAUCCUGGAUCACUGAGGAUUUGGCACAGUACCGAGAACUUCAGAUGAGAGAACGAUGUACUGGGACAGACAAGCCUUGGGCCGAUCUUGGCCUGCAUCUGGGCGAUCCUCGCGGCAUCUCUUCUGAGCAGGCUAGAUACCAGCCUUACACCAAACCCCACCGCGGAAGUGAUUCAACAGGGGCCAAACCGUUGGUCAUACCGAGCCUUGAGGCGCAGCGCCUCGAAAGCAUCGCCAUGUUCCAGGAACUGAUGAAAAACAGCUCAGCACUCAAAAUCAUGUUCAAGACCGAGCUUGAGCAUCAUCAUGGGUGGAUCCGCGACAAGAAAGAUCAAAUUCUAGAGAACCUUGACAAAGCCUCAAACAUGCCGCAAGCUGUCGUGACGGAAGUGACUUUAGACAUCAUCGAGCGCGUUUUUCGAAGGAGGAUUCUCGAUGUAGAGCUCUUCCAUUUCGUUCACGAGCACUACAAUCGCUUUACGGAGAGUCCAGCCUCUUUGUCGGCUUCGGACUGGCUCUUCCUUCAGGUCCACGCCCGCGAGUUUGCGAGUCACUACUGGCAUGAUCUUUCUCGUCGCGGUAUUUGGCAUGCUCAUCCCAGAUGGAGGCAGUGUUUUCGCAGGAGCACGAAAUUCAGAAGUAUCGCCAACGGACUGCCCCAGUACCUUCUACCCGUCGGCAUGGAAACGCAAGAUCAGCAAAAGUGGUUCGUGCUCAACGACGAUAGUGCCAACGCAGAUGAGGAGCUCAAACAGCUGUUCAGCCUUACUGGUCACCUCAUGCAUCGUUUCGUGACACAAAAGGAAGCAGCGUCAUUUGUUGGACUGGGCAACCUUCUCGAUACGCUGACGCCUCUGCUUCCCCGGCUGAGGCAACAUGAGUUCAUAUCUGACUACGUCUUCAAGACCAUUGAAAACCUCAAUAUUUGCGUUCAGAUGGUGAAGCAGCUCGACUUACACCGCGACGGCGAGCGGGAGCUUCGACCUUACUUGGACAGCGGGCCUGGCCAGAGCUCUGAGCCACCCCGAUCAGCGUUGCUGAAAAGCCUAUCGACUGUAAUAGGCGAAGUCUUCCCAAGGGCAUCACACUAUACCAGGCAUCAAGCAUUGAAGUCUCUCAGUCCUUUACUGCAUGGAAAAUCACCAAGUGACCGAGAUGCGUCCAGAACCAUUCGGGGCAUCUGGUAUGCAUUUGUAGCUCGGAUUGCCGGCUAUGAUACCAAACGAGAAGACGCUGUCUCUCUUGAUGAUGCUCCGCAUACUAAGCUUGACCCUAAGAACAGCCAGGAAAGUCUAGUAGGACCGGGCUUAAUGGAGCAUUGGGGAAUCAUUAUUCAGGACCGGACGGACCAGCUUGAGACCCUUUCGAGCUCACCAAGCUCACACAAGUCAACACCACCGAAGCCGCAGACACCGCCCCCACGCGUUGAGCUUAGAACGACAACAUCCCCAGCUCAUCACCCACCAGGCUGGGUACCAGGGCAGAAUACGAACCCACGCCCUAGGCUGCCUCAGGAAGCUGCUGCACCUGUCAUAGCUGAACCCCCACCUGUGCCAGCUGAACCGCUCCCGCCUCUGGCGCCCGACACCUGGCGGAUAUUUGAUAACAUUUUCGGUGGCUAUGAGAACUACAGCAUGUCGCAAUUGGUACAGGCUUUCAAGGCCAUAGGAUGGAGAGUGGAGCAGAGCGAAAAUGGUCUCAAUUUCCUGUGGUCUCCGGAGUGUCGGCUUCCCGCACCCGUCAACAGUAUGGCAAUGCAGAUCCAUCCGUACAAGCACAAGAAGCCGACAGCAAAGGUCCAGUCGGAGGCAUGGAAGUCUGGCAACAGGAACCGGUUUGAGGAGCGCGGCGUCUCCCAGCAAAGUCUCCAGACUCAUUACAACGGUUGUCCGGGCUGGCAUCGGCCGAAGUAUGAUUUGGAGCCUGCGACUCAAGGGAUUCACCGGUGUGAAGGAACUGCCGAGUGUAACAACAUGGAACAGCCGGGAUACAUUCUGCCACCAUUAUUAACGCCGGAAGAACAGCACAAGUGGAUUGAAGAGCUCAACACGCUUCUGUCUCUGCGCCUCAAUCUCGACGAUUACGACAAGAUUCCACAGCAGUUCAAGAACUACACCAUCAAAUCGGGCCGCGUGACUUUCACGGUGGAGGGCGAGUUCUGA